AUGGGUGUAUAUUCCUUUGACACUACAGGAAUAGUAUAUGGACGCAGAUGUCCCUGUGGUAAAGUGUAUAUAGGGGAGAGUAAAAGAACUUUUGGGGAGAGAUUGAAGGAACAUUUAAAUGACAUUAGAAAAAAUAGGGAAGAAAGCCCAGUGGCAUCACAUUUUAAGGAGUUUCACAAUGAAGAGCCUGCAGUGACAAUAGCCUCUCCAGAAGCCAUAACACUGAAGGAAGUGGAACCCAUUCUGAUGCCAGAGACUGAGUAUGAGAAAGAAUUACCAGAAAUUACUGCCCGUGAGAUCCAGAUGUUGAUUGACCAGGGGGAAGCAGGUCUUGCUGAGGAAAUAGCAAAAGUGGAAAAACCUAAAGAGCCAUCAGAGCUUGAGCGGAUAGAAGAAGAACGAGGCCUUGAACCUGAGAAGCCUGAAGAAAUGAUACUUUCUCCUGAACGCAUAACAGAGGCCCCUGGACCAGAAUUUGAUGCAGUGAUUCUCCUAGAUGAAGAAACAGGAAAACCUUUUGUGGUUUCUCCUUUACCUGCUAUUCCUCCAGUGGAAGUUACUCCCUGGGAGGAAGUUGUCCUUCCUACUUCUCCACCUAUUCCAGUUUCUCCAAGACCACCAGAAGUGGUUUCAAAAAGCCCAGAGCUGCAUUUACCUGAGGUCUAUGAAGUUCCAGUAGUUGAACCAAAAAGGCGUCGUCGACAACUACAUUUCAUUGAUGAUAGAACCCAGAUAUCAAGAGAGGAGUUAGUUGAGCAGAUGAGCAAUGUAAACACUCAGUGCAGAACGCUGGUCUGUAUUGAACCUCCUAGUCAAAGAACAGUGGCUGCAGCAGAUCUGCUUGGCAAACCAACAUAUAGUGGGUGGCUCCCUGAUGAACUUCAGAGGUUGUGGACUCGAUGUGCAAAUGUGGAGAAGGUGGAUUAUGCAAGAAAGCGUGCACUUGAAGAGGAAGCAGAGGAGGCAAGAAGAGAAGAAGAAACUGUCAGUGAACUGGAGGUAGUUCGGGAAGGUUUAGAACCUAGCAUACCUUUGAUGUUGUCAUCUGAAAUUUCUUUGGAAGUGACUGAAGAAGAGAAAACACGAGCCAGUCCAGUUAUUCCAGAAGAAAGACGCAUUGAAGAACUGGUAAUGGAAGAGGAAAGACCUUCACUGCCUGCUGUGAUGGAAGUGCCUGAGAUAAUGGCGCCCACUUUAGAGCCCAUAAGAGAGGAAGAGCGGAUAGAUGAUGCUUUUGUGCAGAGAUUUAUAGAUCAUAUUAAGGAUGAAAAUAAGAAAACAUUUAUAGAUCAAAAUAAAGAAAAUUUAAAGACAUUAAAGGUGUCGGUAAGUUCCUAA